UUUAACCUGCUGCCAGCCGCUGUAAGCUGCUCACCCUGCACUGGAAGAAUUAUCAAUCUUUGCUCAUCCUGCGCUGCAAAAAAUCUCAGUCGCGGCGAGUGAUUUAGCCCUCAGAGCCUUGGAGUAGUGUUUCAAAAUAAUACAUUAAAUUCUUUUCUUUUCUUUUCUUUUCUUUUCUUUUCUUUUCUUUUCUUUUCUUUUCUUUUUAGCCAAUUCUUUUCUCUUGUUCUGUGAAUUGCUUUACUGUUUUUAAAAUAAAGUUGUCAUACAUCUAUAGCGCAUCGCUCCUUCUGUUGGAUUCCUGGACAUUUCGUUCAUGUCCAAACAGCAUGAAAACGCAUUUAUUUGACACCCCUGGUUAAUUUACAUCACUCCGUGCUUUUACAUUCUGAUUCGGGAGCGCACACACGAGUCCGGUGAGCGUGAACACUUUUUGCAGUGUGCGUCCGCGGCUGCGUCACGUGACCCGUUAAUCUUCUGUGUAUUUCCGCGUUCACGACGGCCGAGCUGUUAUCAAUGACUCUCCAUGGGGCUGUGCAGGCUUCCACUAAAAGCAUCCUCGCCGUUCUCACCGUCCUCCCCGUCCGGCUGCAGCUGUCGCGUCCUCUCUGAAUGAAUGAAGCUGUAACCAUCUGAGGCUCUCCUCCUCCUCCUCCUCCUCCUCCUCCUCCGUCGCCUCUUUAUUCUCCAUCGAGCCUCUCGUCGACCAGCGCGGCCGAGCUGGGGGGCAAUCCGGGGAAAGGGAGCCGCGGCGCCGCGCACCGGCCGACGGACGCCCCGCCGCGACGCGCCACCAACAUGCUCACCCGGGUCAAGUCCGCCGUGGCCGGGUUCAUGGGCGGCAUCAUGGCCGGGGGCGGCUCCGGCGAGAGGGGCAACGCUGGCUCCGAGCUGCCGCUGAAAUUCCCCUACACCAGACCUCAGUUUCUUGGACUGUCCUCGGACGAGAUCGAGUGCUCCGCGGACCACAUAGCCCGGCCCAUCCUCAUCCUGAAGGAAACCAGGAGAUUACCGUGGGCCACCGGAUACGCUGAGGUCAUAAAUGCCGGCAAGAGUGCGCUGAAUGAGGACCAGGCCUGCUGCGAGGUGGUGGUAGCGAGAAGGAGGCCUAUGAGCUACUGCCCCCCGUCCACGCCCAGCAAGACCCCCACAGCCAAGAGGCGCAACUCCCUGCCCAACGGAGAGGGCCUGGGGCUCCGUAUGGAGUACGGCAAGCUGGGAGAGGAGAGUGAAGGCCUGGUGUUCCACUACUGGGCCUUGUUCGACGGUCACGCCGGUUCAGGUGCAGCAGUCGUCGCCUCCCGCCUACUUCAGCACCACAUCGCUUGCCAGCUCCAGGCCGUCAUCGAGAUCCUUCGCAACAUGUCCUCCCCGCCCCCCACCGUCCUUGGCGAGGAGCCCGACAACAACCCCUACCUCCAGGGCAACAUUCCAGUCCCUCACCGAGCGCUGACCCGGGCCGCGUCGCUGCGCGGGGCCGCAGGUGCGCCGGGGUCCCCGUGCAGCACCCCGCCCCCGCCGCGCUUCUUCACCGAGAAGAAGAUCCUGCACGAGAGCCUGGUGAUAGGAGCCAUAGAGAACGCCUUCAAAGAGAUGGACGCCCAGAUCGAGAGGGAGAAGCAAGGCUACAGCAUCACAGGAGGAUGCACGGCGCUCACUGUCCUCUACCUGCUGGGGAAGCUGUACGUCGGCAACGCAGGCGACAGCAGGGCGAUCAUUAUUAGAAGCGAUGAGAUCAUUCCAAUGUCAACGGAGUUCACGCCAGAAUCUGAGCGACAGCGACUCCAGUUCCUGGGUUUCAUGCAGCCUCACCUGUUAGGAAAUGAGUUCACACACCUGGAAUUUCCCCGGAGAGUUCAGAGGAAGGAGGUGGGCAAGAGGAUGCUCUACAGGGACUUCACCAUGAAUGGCUGGGCGUACAAGACCGUCGAGGAUGAAGAUCUCAAGUUUCCGCUCAUAUAUGGGGAAGGAAAGAAGGCACGGGUGUUGGCCACCAUCGGUGUGACCCGCGGGCUCGGUGACCACGACCUCAAAGUCCACGACUCCAACAUCUACAUCAAACCGUUCCUCUCCUGUUGCCCUGAGGUAAAAGUAUACAACCUGAUGCAGUAUGAGCACGGGGCCGAUGAUGUUCUGGUAAUGGGAACCGACGGGCUCUGGGACGUCCUCUCCAACCAAGAAGUAGCCGAAGCCGUUACCACGUUCCUGGCCAACUGCGACCCCGAUGACGUGCACAGGUAUACAAUGGCAGCACAAGACCUGGUGAUGAGAGCGCGUGGUGUGCUGAGGGACCGAGGCUGGAGGAUCACCAAUGAGCGCCUGGGCUCCGGAGAUGACAUCUCGGUCUUCAUCAUACCACUGAUGUACGGAAACCGUCAGCCCUGAGGAGCCCAACACAGAUGCUGUGAAAGGUUCAAGGACCUGAAGGGCGUGUAGGAACUUAUAAACCAGCAGGACUGAUUAGUCCUGGGCUGAGAAUCCCCUUUGAGUUCCCUCAGUGCUGUUUGCACAUUUCCUCUCUUCCUAAGACCUAAGGACUUUCUUAUAUCCGGAUAUUUAGAUUUGUUGGUGUUUCACAUCUCUGUAGGAGUUCAGAAUUGGUGAGCCACAAAUGUUGGAUGCUGGGAUAAUCUGACCUGAUCAAAUUUGAUUAAAAAAAAAGGAAAGAAUGGAGAAAAUUAUUGUUAUCAGUGAUGGUAGUUACAUAAAAUGCCCCUGAGCCUCUGCAGAGAUGUGAAAGCUGAAAAAGGUGAAAUGUUCCUCCCUAGUGAAGAAAAGACCUCUUUCUUUCUGUCAUUCUGACCUCUCUUGCAGUGCUGUACAAUACUUGGCUCCUCCUCUUCCUUCUCUUUUAGUCCUCCCCUCUUCUGCUGUACUGUACAGUCAACUCGUUUGUAAAAAAACAAAAAAAAGAUUACCUCCUUUAUGUCGUGAGUGACCACGGACCAGGCUGACAGGUCAGCUGUGUCUUCUGUUUCGCCACAGUGUGGCUCUGAAGGAUUCACUUGCCGAAGAACUGCUUCCAGAUCGCUGUUCAGAUUACAAACUGUUGCAUGGAAAAUAGGGAAAGGAGAGAGGGUGGGUUUACCUUGUGCAGUCAGUUUUCAUUUUUCAGAGCAAGUGCACAACUGAGCAAAGUCGACACUGAAGGAAAGAGACAAGGACCUGACAUUAAGCACCUCACAGUAGCAAGGCAGAUCAGAGAGCAGUUUUUAUUACGGAGUGAGAACUCAUGAGACUGUAUGGACCAACAGCGGAGAUAUAGCUUGAUCUUUAUGAGGAGAGUUUGAUCUGAGAAGUGCUCAGUCAUUCGCUGUUAAGUUAUUGAAUCAGAUUUUGAGUCUUAAAACGCAAGCAUUUUCUCGAAAAACAAACAUCAAUCAAUCAUUCAAUCAAUAAAUCAAUUGUUUGGUUAGUCAGAUGGUGAUUAGAUAACCCGGUCACCGGAGUAAAUGUUGGUAAUGCACGUUUCUGCAAACCACGUAUAUGUUGCAGCUUUACACUUCUUUAUGUUGCAGCUUUACGUUUCUUUAGGUUAAGUUUUCCACAUUAUAUCGUGACAACACUGUGCUCGUGCUCUGGUUGGGUUUAGGCAUACAAACUUGCAGAAACGUUAGACUAGCAGCAUAUUCUUCUUGCGACUGGGCCCUGAUUAGCUUUAUAUUUCAUGAAAUGUCGAAGAUUGAACAUUUAGGGAAUUACAUUGUUUUGCUUUUUUUGCAGCGAGAUGAAAAGAUUGGUACAACUCUGAUAUAUGUGCGUUACAAGUGAAGCUUCAACCAGGAGACAGUUAGCUUAAAGACUAGAAGGGGGGUUAAGGUUAGCUAGUUUGGCCCAAAAAGCUCUAAAACCUCCAAAUUAAAAUGUGUUUUUAUGGAUUAAAUAAAUGACAUAUGACAUUUUAGCUUUUGAGCUUCAUAGAUGUUCUUUAACCUUUGGACUGAGUCAAGCUAGCUGCUUCCCACCCAGCAGUGGUCUGUCGGUCGGCCAGAGAGAGUAGAUGGUUCGCAUACAGUUUUGUUUGUCCUGGUCUCUGCCAGCGUUGGGAGUAAACAGGUCAACGUUACUGUUAACGGUCGUGGCGCAACAAACAACGAAAAGACCGGUAACAGCGGACAGUGAAACUUGUGCAAAUCGCUCUCAUAUGGUGUUGUUAUGGAGGUGUGGCAAAGCUGCGACACUGGAUCUCUGGGAAGCAGUGACGUCUUAAAAUACAUCUGCAAUUGUGAGAUUGCCCCUUUAAGCGAAGCUAAAAGUCUCCUGGUUCUAACUUCCUGUAAAUCAGUUCCUUUAAGAGGACAUAUUUUAGACGAGCUAAGCUAUACACUGGGAAUUUGUGGUUUUUCAAGGGAAUAUUAACUUAGUGAGACUGAACAUAGAAUUAAUGACUUGUACAUCAGCGUACUCGCACUUUAGGCUGACCCGCAUCAUUGACCAAGGAGCAGUGAUACAUGAAGUGAUGGAGAGGCGAAUAUUCCCUGCAGCAGGGAGGAUUAAAUUAAACUCCUACGUGUCAUUUUAAAUCAUGAAAUACAAUCAAAAUCAUGGCGAACAGAAGUUUUACAAAAAAACACAAAACUCUGAAAGCUUUCUUUUGCUUUAACACGUCUGGCUUUAGAUGCUUGGUGUAGAUCACGUUUGUCUUCAGAGGGACAGGUUUGGGAGUAGCAAUAUGCUACGUCCAGACGUGGUGAUUGACUGUGUGUCAGUGCGUGCAGUGACAUAUUGUAGGCCUGGGAAUAUGAGAGACGGUGCAAUGGUUUACACUGCUGUUUGUUUUUAUAUGGACUGACUUUGUAUUUCUGUAAUGUAUCAACGAGUUAGUGGUGAUGUUAUUUGUUUGUAAAUGUGCAGAAGAAAUGCAUAAAUUUAUAAGGCUGUUUUUCCCUUUAGCGCUGUUAGCAUUCCAGACAUUUUAGCGUAAGAGCUGGGUGCGAUUGAUUGCGAAGGAAGGGACCGAAAUGAAAAUGGUAAUGGCCAGACACGAAACCAAAUCAUGUGUUUUCCAGCCUCCUUUUAUCAUUAAUCUGCAUCUGUUCGGGCUGCAAGCCUCAGCCAGCCGCACUGGGUUAUAUGAAGCGGAGGAGAAGUCGUCUGGGGGAGGAGAAACUUGUAUAAAAGUUUUUUGAAAAGUUUGAUUUCAAGCUGAGAAAAAAAGAAAUACUGACAGCAUAUAAUUAAAACAAAAUUCGUGUUUUCAUGGUUAAAUCCAUGACUGAAAAUAAGCAGUGAUAGCUGAGGUUUUAUGUGUUUUUUACUCAAUAGUGGGUAAGUAGAGUUUUGGAGUAGCACUGGCGUACUUUAGGCUUGACUGUAGAUUGUGAAGAUGUCUCCUUGUUGUAUUAAACAGGGCGUAGAGGCGUUAGACUGAAUCCAAAGAAUUUGGAAAUGGUGCCGUGCCAGGAUGAGGAAGCCAUUGUUGGAGGAAUAGUUCAACUAUUUGGGACAUGUGUAGCCUAUUUGCUUUCUGACGGUCACAUGAGAAGAUUAAUAAGCCACUCUUUUGUGUGCAAGAAACGUGAAGUGACAGCUAGUAAUCUUAAAGGUGCAAUAUGUAAGAAUUUUAGUUGGAUACAUUCAAGAAUGAACAUAAUGUGAAGAAAAAACGGUAUGUAUUGUGUAACCAGCUACCCUUUCCCAUCCAGUUCCAGAGCUACAGUGCUAGCGAUUAAACACCAACACGUACCCAAUGCUCUGAACUCCCUGUAUGGGCCGCUAACUGCACAGCUAACUCGGCUAAAUUACUUUACUAGCUAAUAGCAGUUCUCUGGUGAUAUGGCUCCUUUUUUGCAUGAAUUUUACAGGUGGCCAAUUCCUACAUAGUGCACCUAGCUUAGUUUAGCCUAGUGUAGCAUAAUGAACAUAUUUUUGCUCGUUUAACUGCUUUAAAAACUGGAGUGCAAAAAUGAAAAUGUACUAUUUUACAACAUUUUUACAUUUCAGAUUUAAAGGGCAAACAGUUUCCUUGUUUCCAAGUUAACAGUCUGAUAGCAUUAGCUUCAUAUUUACCAUUCAGUCUUCUCAUCUACUGGAAAGUAAAUAAGCAUAAUUCCCAAAAUGUUGAACUUUUGCUUUACGUCACAUGAUAUGUGCCAUUGUUGCAUGGGCUACUUGUCAUCUUAGCUUGAACUUUAUUGCAGUUGACAAUUGUCUACAUUCCUCCAAGCAGCAGUCAUUUUCUUUUGCCUGAAGUUCAUAUGGUGCAUAUUUUCCUCCUGUACAUUCCAGACAAAGAAAUAUUUCAUUUUUAAAAUGAUGUAUUCAUCAUGAUUUGUGGUUGUUUGUAACCCAUUACAUCUGUUCUUCCAUCAUAUAAGCUGUUUGACAUUUACAAAGUUUAGAAAAAAACUUGUUUUUUUAUUAUUAUCUAUUUUACUUUGUUGAGUCUAAACUGUCCUGCCGCCACCUAACCAUUGUCUUCACAUGUGUCUCAGUUCAACAGAGCGGUUUCAAACAACCAGGCUUCGUCCGACAUGUGAAGUGAGUGAAAGAUUUGGACUGUGAACAUGCAGAGACAGUGUCUGAAUGGGGCGUCAGUAUGCGUUGAAUGUUUAUCCAUAUACCUGUCACUAAGCCUUUUCUCUUAGAUGAAUGUCAAAGAAUUAAUAUAUAAUUUAUUUUUCUCAUCCUACUGUGCCACCCAACUGCUGCACAUCAACUCAGGUUCUAUUAUCAUGUGUAGUUAAAGUGACCGGGCUGUUGAAGGUGGGGGAGUCCCCCAAGGUGGUGUAUUAGUUCCACUACAUUUUUAAUUACAUGGAAGGAGAUUGUUGUGUUUGAGAAGCUUGACUUAAAAGUUUACUUUGUCCCUCAAGCCUGACUGUAGGUUUCCCACUUUGAAGCUGUUCUAUUGUGAAAGUAGACUCUGUUGUUCCUUUUUUUUCUACCUUGAGACUAUACAGUUCAUUAUGGGAAAAUUAGAAGGGCUGGGACGUGUUUUUUUCUGUAGCAAGAGGAAUUUGAAACCCAGUGGGGAGCCAUUUUUAAGUGAGCGACCCUCAACCUACCCAUUUGUGAAUGUGAAAUGCACAUUUUGUAUAACUAAAAGAUCAAAAAAAGA